CUGGUCAGUCCGAAGCUCCGUCUUGUUAUUCUCUGUCUCUCUCUCGGCUUAACGAAUGCUUUAUUUACGUUUUGUAAGUUUAAAGGCUUGACGCGUUUUGAUCCUCCGCUUCUGCUUUCUGACCAGUGAAAACCCGAUCGCCACUGAGGACGACGAGCGUACCCAGUGCGGGAAACCCCUUUAUUAAUACAGUGCAUAGAGCGAAAAUCAUGAACUCUGAUUUACACAACAGCUUAGGCAAUACGAGUUUCAAGGGUGAUUCUCUUCCAGAUUUCAGCGAAUUUGACGAUGACUCUAUCGUAGAAGAAUACCACAGGGAGAGCUCGUUGAGACCUCCUGAAGACAAGAUGGCUCCUACAACAACCAUCGAGACUAUAACUAUAACACGUCCACUCAAGGUGAUAGCUUUCAUCUGCGGUUUGAUGGUCAUGGUCCUCCUCGUGCUAGCACUUGUCAGCAACGAAUGGCUGAUGGCCGCAGGCUGGAGGCAGGGACUGUUUUCCCACUGCAUAGGAGAAACGGCCCCGACGCCGCUUCCGUUCAACGUGAAGAACCAAGCCCCGGACUGUUACAAAGCGAGGGAUGUCGCUUACAUUAAAAUAGCAGCAGGGCUCUGUAUAGUGGCUCUAGUCACAGAUGCCAUGGCAACCAUCCUUACAGGAAUAGGUCUUAAAACUAGCGAUUACCGAACGAAAUACAAAUUCUACAGGAUAGCAGUAUACGUUAUGAUAUUAUCUUUAAUAUCUGUUUUGAUGGCUCUUGUGGUCUAUCCAGUCUGCUUUGCAGCCGAACUUAAUGAAGGCAAUCGGAUGGUUUGGGAGUUCGGAUGGGCCUACGGAGUUGGUUGGGGCUCAGCAAUAUUUUUAUUCGGAGCUGUAGUGCUUCUCCUGUGUGACAAAGAAUCCGAAGAAAUCUAUUACAAAGAACGAAAAGUGGGUGGGGCCUAGUGCGCCGCCCCCCUGCCCGAUUUGGUUCUGUAGCCAAGUGUCGGCAGGGAACCCAAACGGAGGUAGCCACACAACCUAUGACAUUACACGGGGCAAUUUAUAGACCUUGUUUAAAAUUAAAGAUAUGAUAGAACAUGAAAAACCGAUUAAUGUCCCCGAUCAAACAAACUCAGUUUUAUUUUUUAUUUUUUUUUUUAAUUUUAAAUAAGUAGGUAUCGUUUUAUUUAACAUUAAUCAUUGGGAGACACAAUGAAUAUAUUAAUCUAUUUUUCCAUCGAUUCAUUUACCCAAAUCAUGCUUCAAGUUUUGUUUUUGUCUACGCUCUUCUUAAAUUAUUAAAACUUUUCUUUUCCAAAUGUUUAAAAUAAUUAUUAACGUGAAUAGACAAUACUUUCUAACCGCAUUUUGCCAAUAUUUAAUUUAAAACACGUAGUUUCCUAAAGCAAACAUCGUUUUUUUGAUUAAAAACAAAAAGAAAAAAAAAAGAAAAAAAAACGAUUACACAAUACAUGCACCAACUUUUUCCUAGAUGUUGAAGCAGCAGAAAACUGCACUUACAGCAUAGGGAUGUUUUAUUUAAUUUUAAAAAAUGUGGUUACUCUUUAUUCUUUAAGAGAGCUGUGACGUAGACAAUAUUGUCCUUAAAUAACAAGUAUAAUUUAAUGAUUUAUCAAUACUCAGUUGUGAGUAUGAUAAAAGUUUGUUUUCAUGUUAGUAAAAAAAUUUAUUCUAGACAAUUGCUGUAAAGUACAAUACAGUUUAGUAUAAUUUAAAUGGUAUAAAAUAACGGUGCCAUUGUAAGGCACUUAAUUUAAUUGUAAAGAAAAUAUAUGAAGCUAUAAAACUAUAUCGGAGGUUGUAAUGUCUUGAUUAUUAUCGAAGGCUUUUGAAUUUGCAUUUCUCAAAUUAAAAAUUAAAGCCUUGUUAAUAAUUAUGAUUGUUUUAUUAUUUAUGACUUGACAAUAUUGGCUAUUUUGCCUUUUAUGGGAAUAAUAUAAAAAGUGCCUGCAUUUGGAAUUUAUUAAGGAAUAUCAGCGGUUUGUUUUUGAAUAAAUUUAUGAAAGUUUUUUCUUUUCUUAAAUUGUUGAUAAAACGUGUUUUGGGUAAAUGAAUUGUAUAAAAAUUUCUAUUUAUUGCCUUUUUUAAGGUUAUUGAUUAAAAUAAAAUUUAAAAAAUAGAUGAUUUGUUAAUAAAACUGAGAAUCCUGGCAAUGACACUUAUAUUAAUGAUAAUUGGAGAUGAAUAUAAUAAAAGAAUGACCAUCUUUUAUCGUCAAGAAGAGAUCUGCUGCAUUGAGAUUGUUUUAGAGCAAAUCUCUUGAAUUCCAUUUUGGCCGAAAACUUUUACAAAUUCCUCAAAUUAAAGUGAUUUGUAAACUCCAGCUCGAGGACGGGCUUUUUCACAAAAACGUAUAGUUUAUGGUUAUUUUAAUGCAAUGACAGAGGUCGGAGUUUUCUAAAGGCGCAGUACGAUUAAUUUAAGAAAACAAGGACUAUGUCUAAUUUUAAUUAGAUGUUUUAAACAUUUAAUGUGGCUACCUGUUGACAGUGAUUUAGAGUCAUAUUUUUUAAAAGAUUGCCUCACAAACUGUACAAAACAAAAACGAGAAACUUAUGUUUCGAUAUCAACUGUUGUGUGAUAAUUGGGGAUUGUGACAGUGCUCCUGCCGUAAUGGGGAAAAAAAGAAACUAAACAACAAAAACGAUAAAAAUAAAAAUAAAAUUUAUAAUAGAGAAAGCGCUCUCACGCUUUUUAUAUAUUAAUAAGAAAAAGAUGGACAUUUGAAUUUAAAGGUACAAGAAUACGGAUGUUUGUAUGUUGUGACUUUGAAUCUAUGAUAUAAAAACAAAACAGUAAUAUCGUCAAAAAAAUAAAAAAUGUACAUAAUUUAUAGAAACAUUUGUUUGUUCUCUAUUGUAAAUGUAGUCUUUGUAUCGGAAACUUGUUUUUCAAACUUAAUUUUGAAUUUUCAGUCAAAAUCCAAAUCUGCUAUCAACACUAUGUUGCUAUGGGUGCCAAGUGCAUAUUUAUUAUUUAAUUAAUAUUCAAACUAACUGUUAUAGAUGUUGACAUUAUUGAAUUUUUUUUUUUUAAUUUUGUACUAUUGAUUGUGAAUAUAAGUGUUCAUAAUUCUCAGUUACCUUAUGUUAAAUUAGAUUCAACAACCCAAAUCCUAAAUAGAUGCAAAUUAUUUUUAAAAAACAAAACAAUCUAUUUAAAAUAUAUAUGAAAUUAUGUACAAAUUAUUAAAAUUGUUUCAGACCAAAAGGAGAAGAUUCAAUUAUAAAUAUUGAAAGAAAGUAAAGAGCAAGAAUAAGAUGGGAUAUAAAUAGUGUUGCACACUUAAGAAAA